AUGAUCUGGUAUCUUCUCUAUCCGCUGCGUGGUACCACUGAACCACCACGGCUCGACACCUCGCACCCCAUCCGCCGCGCCUUCCAGGCCCACGGCACUGCCACGGCCCGCCAUUGGCUGCUUUCCAUUGUCCUGACCAUCACCGUCUCCGUCCUGCUCUGCUACCAGGCCGUCUUCCAGGCCGACAGCUCCGCCGCCGCUGCCCUCCGCAACCUCCCCAAGCAUGUUUGGACAUCGACCACCGAGGUCGAGGGCGAGCGCCCCGCCGAUGUCGUCGUGCGCCAGGUCUGGGUCCACGGCGACUACAUGAAUGCAAUUGCCCUGCCGGUGCUGCGCGAAGCUAUGCAUGUCCAGGAAGUGCUCAUCAACGGUGGUUUUGACACGCGAGAGAGCGCUGCGUACGGAGACCAGCACAUGCUCCAGCGCGAUGCCCCGGGCUGCCUCGUCGCACCCGCAGGAGAGAAGUGGGGCUGGCACUCGCCGUUGAUGUACUGGGACUGCUCGCUGAGCGCGCUGGAGAAAGACGACAACCUCCUCGAUACCAUCAACGCCCAUAAUCGCAUCCGCUCGGCGCUCAAUGUCACCCUGCGCCCGAGCACCGUCUUUGCCGGCAAGUCCUUCUCGGCUACCAAACUUCGCGCCGCGGAUGCCUUGGUUAUCACGCUGUUCGACCAGACCAACUCGAGCUUGGGAGAUACUUGGGACUCACGGUCGCGCCUUCUGGCUGACAAGCUGGACCCAGACUGGACCAUCUUCCCGCCCGACGGUCAGGUCGGGCGGAGUCGACUCUACGAGUUCCGGUUCAAGCCGAUGACUUUGAACGACGACUUGUUCUUAGCAGCGUCCUACCUGGUGACCGCGGUUUAUGUCAUAUGGAGGAUGAUGCAGCUGCGAGCAGUCAAGAGUUGGUUCGGCCUGCUUGUGACCAUAUGUGCCAAGAUGUCCAUCUGCGUCAUCGCCAGUUUCACACUCUGUACCUAUCUUGGAAUUGAUUUAGCGCGAAUACCCCGCCCAUGGUUUCCCGGAGUUGUUUUUUGUUUUGGAUUGGGAAAUAUAUUUCGUUUGAUUAAUGUCGUCCUCGAGACACCCCCGGAGAUGCCCCCUCACCAGCGAAUCGGAAAUGCGCUUGGUGAAGUCGGUCACCUAUCCCUUGCUAUUGCUUUCCAGAAUUUGGCCCUCUUGUACAUUUGUUCCCGGCUCGUUUCACCCUGGGUAGCCGACUUUUGCGUCUUCGCUGCCGUCACUCUAGUGUUCGACCUUGUUUUCCACUUGACCUUCUUUGUUGCUGUUCUCAGCGUCGAUGUGCAAAGAAUGGAACUCUCAGACUCCCUGGACCGCGCCGAUCUCAAUCAAAACAACAAGAAAGGAUCGGAACGGCAGUCAUGGCUUGGAGCGCUGCUGGAAGGUACCCUACCCCUCAGCACGCGCUUUGCUGGCACAGUCGCGAUCUGUUCCAUUAUUCUCGCUAUCAACUGGCACUUUUUCGACAACGACGGCAAGCAAUUAUCCAUCGAUACGCUUCGCCAAAAUCUCACGAUUAGGAGACGGAGACGCACCCCUGACAGCACAUGGAGCCCACCGCCAAUCAAUCAGGCUAGGACACCCGCUGAUUGGCUUAGGAUUCAGGAUCACAAUACUGCCCGGGAACUAUUUGGUUUCAUCAAGCCGGGUGCUUCAAGCUUCGUAGCCCGUAUCUACGACCCCAUCCUCGUGGUUGCGAAAGGGGCAUACGGGCGCGACCGACCUCAGCCGCCGCUGUCUUUCACCGAUGGCGUCCGCCGCUUUGCGCAAGGACAUGCGUUCCCGGUAGCCUUGCUCGUCGUUACGUUUAUCGCGGCUGUAACAUUAUUUAUGAACUAUCUUCUCUGGACUGGACUUCCGAAAACUUCUGAAGAGACAGAAGAUGACGAAGUCACAUUGUCUAUCAAGACAUUGCCGACGCCGCAGAACCUAGACGUUGUGCAAUUGGCUUCUUGCUCGAGAGGCCAUCUUGCCAGCAUAUCUCUUGACCGGAGCACUGCACUAUGGCUACAUGGCCGCGGAGGGUAUCUGCACACAACGCUGCAAACAGCAACGAUGAAGCCAAAGCUCUGGCCCAUACAUGCUACGGCUAUGGACGAUGGUGGCAACAUCCUUGCGAUCUGUGCAGACACUGGUCAGAUCGGCUUAUGGGAUAUCCCAGCAUCACGGUUCCUUCUGUUUCCCAAGAUCGACAUCCGUGGACAGGCGCCCGUUCUCUUUACCUUUGCCUACCUCAAGACACGUUUAGAUGUCGAAAAGCUCUACCUUAUCAUCAUCACUCCAGACGGACACCUGACCAGGCUCGAAGCACGGACAGGCAUCCACUAUACCAGGCGCAUAUCAAGCAGUCCCAUCGUCUGCACCACAGCUUACACCUCACUCAAGGGCGACACCAGCGUUGUGUUCGUAACGAAGCCUGGCGAAGUCCACAUCCUGCCACUCAUGGAGGAGUGCAAUACGAUGUCCGAAGUAGUCGCCGGACUUGACCCCGGGCCACCUCCAGGCAGCAAUCCCGCGAAGAUUCGAUGUAUAGAGGCUGUUCCUAGUCUGGGCCUCAUCUUUGCACUCCGCGACGAGGAGGCUGAGAUAUUCGACUUCACGAGCCGAGCGCUCGUGCACUCUUUCCAGAUCGGCCACGUCAAGCCGCACUCCUUCAGGGUCUUGUAUCCUAUGCGACGGACAUGUCAAUGUGGAGCUCCAACAGUGAACUCGCUUGCUGUCGCAUACACAGAGCAAGACACAGACCACAUGAUUAUGCAGAGUUUCUCCCUCGACGACAACACGUCGUCACAAAUAUGUCUCGGAAAACCACUGGACAGGGAGAAGCACGGAUGCCGGGGGCUCGACCAUGCAAAGGAGGCCGUACAUUACGUCGAGCCUGUCGGAGCUUGGGAGGCGACAGAUGCGCUCAGUGUCGUGGGGAUCAGGAGGUGUUUACAGUCACCUACGCCAUCGUCGACGACUUCAGGCACUGAUGAAUCUAGUCAAAGCGUGGAUCCAGUGGCGCUUGCGUCGGCGCUCAAGCAACGAGCUCAAAACCAAGGCAGUCCGAAGGCCACCAAUUCCUUAGGGGGAGUCUUUGCCAAAGGCAGUCGAAGAGGCUUCGUUGGCGACAGUGACACAUGGGAGGCCUGGACACUCUCAAGCACAGGCGACUUUCGCUCACGACCACUCGUUCCGGAUAACCUGGACGGCACCACAGAGGUCCCUUAUGAAGACGAGCUUUUCGUAACAGCUCCUGGGCCAAUGACUAGACUAGGGAAGCGUAGUGUGGUCGUCGGCUUUGGCAACACUGUGAAGGUUAUCACGUUGGGUAAAGAGUCGUUCGAUGGCUUGACAAACCUCCAGAGUAACGCCAUGGAUAUUGGCCUUGGGUCGUACAAGUGGAGGGCCCGCAGAGGCACCGGCAGGAAAGUACAGUGA